CCGGCGCCUAGCGUCCACCUCGGAAAAGAUCACGUAGCACAGCACAGGCCACGGAAACACUAGUCUCCUCGCAGGCCCGGCAGCAAGAUAUUUUCGACGCCAAUAAUUGACUCCUCGUAGUCCUCUUCCAGUCGGCUCAGAUCUGUUUUGGCUUCCACUUUCCUCUCUCUCAAAUCUAUCUACCUCCAUUGGCGUUGGUUUGAUGGCCGCGAAUCCCGCGAUGAAGAAGAUCGUGUUGAUGGUCGAGAUGAAGGACGACCGACAGAAGCAGAAGGCGAUAAAAGCAGUCUCCGUUCUCUAUGGUAUCGAAAUGAUCGGUGCGGACAUGAAGGAUGGAAGGAUCACGGUCAUCGGCGGAGAUGAGCCCAUCUUUGCCGCCUGUUAAAAUUUCAGCUGGAGUACAGGACAAUGGUGAAUGCAUUGCUGUGAAGAAGCUUCAUCCCAUGCCGGUUCUUGAUGACGAGGAAUUCAAAAGCGAGUUUAGUAAUCUUUUGAGGGUCAAACAUCAAAAUACCAUACCGUUGGUUGGUUACUGCCAUCAUACAGCACAGGUGCUUCUUGAGCACAAUGGAAAGCAUGUUUCUGCCAGAGUAGAAGAAAUAUAUUUAUGCUCGGAAUACUUGGAGGGAGGAACCCUUGACAAGCAUCUUUCUAAUGAACCAUGUGCGCUUGUUUGGCACACAUGUUACAAAAUAAUUAAGGGUAUCUGCGAGGGUUUACAUUACCUUCACAAAGGAUUCGAGUAUCCUAUUUACCAUCUGGAAUUAAAACCUACAAAGAUUUUGCUGGAUAACGAAAUGAUGCCCAAAAUUGGAGGUUUUGGUUUCUCUGGAUUCUUGGAUACAACGGAAACCUUCAACACAUCAGAAGUUAUGCGAACAAGUUUAUACAUGCCACCAGAAUACAUCAGUAAACGGCAAAUCACACCAAAGUUUGAUGUAUUCAGUCUGGGCGUUAUAAUCUUGCAAAUAAUGGCAGGGAAGGAAAGCUAUCCGAAAUGUGCAGAUAUUCCUCCUGAAGAGUUUAUUGAGCCUGUCUAUGAAUUCUGGGUAGAUAGGAUGCAAGGCACAAUAUCCAAGCAUACUUCACACGAAGUUAGAACAUGCAUCGAAAUAGCUCUAAGCUGUGUGGAGUUCAAUCGAGUGAAGAGGCCUACUAUAAAUGAGAUCAUACAAAGACUGAAUAAGAUUGAUAUUGUUGAGUGCUCAUCUAUAGGUGAGCUAUACAAGACAGAGGAGUUUGCAUUUGAUUUCUUAAAACAUAUUACAAAUGGUUUUUCCAAGAAGAAUAUAAUUGGUCAUGGUGGAUAUGGAAUUGUUUACAAGGGAUUGUUGGACAAUGGAGAAGAGAUUGCUGUUAAGAAACUUCAUCAAAUGUUAUGGAUUGAAGAUGAGCAAUUUAAGAAUGAGGUUAAUAAUCUAAUGAGGGUGCAACACAAAAAUAUUGUACGGUUAGUUGGCUACUGCCACCAUACAUCACAAAUAUUUGUUGAGCACGAAGGAAAACAUGUUUCUGCUAGUGUAGUAGAAAGAGCGAUUUGUUUUGAACACAAGCAGGGUGGAAGCCUUGACAAUCAACUUUCUGCUGAACCUUGCAUACUUGAUUGGAACAAAUGUUAUAAAAUAAUAAAAGGAAUUUGUGAGGGUCUACAUUACCUUCAUAGUGCUGAUAAUCCAAUUUACCAUUUGGACAUAAAACCUGCUAAUAUUUUGUUGGAUAAGGACAUGGAGGCAAAAAUUGGUGAUUUUGGUUUGUCAAGACUUUUUGAUUCAACACAAACCUAUAUGACAGAAUCCAGAGAUAUUAAAGGAACACGUGGAUACAUGCCACCGGAAUACAUCGACAAACAAAAAAUCAGUCCGAAGUUUGACAUAUAUAGUCUCGGGGUCAUAAUCAUUCAAAUAAUGGCAGGAAAGGAGGGCUACUUCAAUUGCCCACACACCCCUCCAAGAGAAUUUAUUAAACAUGUACGUGAAAAAUGGAGAGUGAGGCUUCAGGCAACAAUGUCGUCCCAUGUAACUGAAGAAGUGAGGACAUGCAUCGAAAUAGCGUUAAAAUGUGUGGAGGACGACCGAAAGCGAAGACCUGCAAUAGCGACAAUUGUUAAUGAACUAAGUAACAUUGGUAUUGCUAGAAGUUCACCAGUAGGUCAGUGGGCAAAUAAGCUGACUGCAUUGAAGUCCUUGUUAUUAUCCACUCACUUCAAACACUGGCUGGUCCUCUUAGUCGCAGCAGGGAUCGCCAUAUUUUUCGCAUGGCUCCAAUUCUGUCCAGAUUCAUGGUGCCGAAGCAUUACGCGGAGAACAUAAAACAACAUCCCUUGAAGUACAUAGUCAAUUCGCUCAUGUAGAUAUGCACGAAUGGUGUUGGUGAUUCUCAUGUCAACAGAGAGAAUAUAUUUGUUACACGAAUGGUGUUGGUGAUUCUCAUGUCAAGUUUCAGCUGUCAAACAAAGGAAAUGGCCAUCUUCAAAACCAGUAGAGUCCUAGGGUAUCUGUAUUUUUUUAGAAGUUCAUGUGCCAUGCAUAUAGUCUGAUGGUUGGCAUGAACUUUGAGUGUAGAGAAGUGUUUUUUGUAAAUGUCUAGGAGGAAACAAAGUGUCACAUGUGCGAAAAACAUGCAUUGACUAUUGCAGGAAGGACCGCCAAGACAAGGCUUAAACGACCGAGAAAGAAAAACAAAAGCCUAAACUAGCAAUCUAGUUUACAGGGGAACGUUGUUAACUGUUAAGCCCUGAGGAUUUUGGUGCACUUUGGGGCUGUUCUGGGAUCGAAGAAAGAUAGGGAAAGAAGGAAGUGUUAGUUAAUCUAAGCCUGCUCUCUGCUUAUUUCUUUGCUGUAACAUUUAUCUAUAAUAAAGUGUGUAACGGAGCCA